AUGCUUAGGCAAGCCAAGGAAAGCUUUGGAAAGCCAGGAUAUAUUUUGGGAAGACAGGGAAUGCUCAUACAAGCCAGGGAAUGCUCUGGGAAGCCAGGGAAUACUUUGGGAUGCCAGUAUAUAUUUUGGGAAGCCCGGAAAGGUUUUAGAAAGUCAGGAAGCCAGGGAAUGCCUAGGCAAGCCAGGGAAUACUCUGUGAUGCCAGUUAAUAUCUUGGGAACACAGGGAAUACUUUGGGAAGCCAGGAUAUAUUUUGGGAAAAUAGGGAAUACUUUGGAUAGCCAGGAUAUACUUCGGGGAGCCAGAGAAAUUUCGGUUCGUGAUCCACCUAUACGUUCGAAUAACGAUCAUAAGUCAUAUAAUCCAUCAAAAGAUCCGUACCCUAGCGAGCAGACGCGCGCCUACGACGAAAUGUGCGCCACUGCUGCCGCCACCUUCGGCGACGCCUUCCCGGGCGGCGGCGGCGACGCCUUCCGCAAGGGCGGCGUAGGCGGCGUGGGAGGCGGGGCGGGCGGGGUGGGUGGUGGAGGGGGCGGCCCGCCCGCCCCCGGAGUCAUCCAAUCGCCCCCCGCCGACCAGAGGGGCGUGCAAUUUGCGCAGCCUGGCGCCGUUUUGAUGGUGUACGGGCUGGACGCGUUGCGGACCAAUGCCGAUAAGUUGUUCAAUUUGAUGUGCUUGUAUGGGAACGUGGCGAGGAUCAAAUUUCUGAAAUCGAAAGAAGGCACCGCCAUGGUGCAAAUGGGCGAUAGCGUCGCCGUCGAAAGGUGCGUCCAAAAUUUGAACAACGUCGCCAUUGGCGUCACAGGAGCCAUUCCAUUGACGCAUCGCUCCAACAACAUGGCAUCAGACCAACAUCAGGACGACACAGCCAAGGAACACAAGCUGCAGUUGGCUUUCAGCAAGCAGCCGUACCUCAGCGAAGUCACGAACCCUUAUCCCUUACCGGACAAAUCGCCCUCCUACAAAUUGUACGUCAACAACAAGAACAACAGGUUCAUGAAUCCUGCGAUGGCCAGCAAAAAUAGGAUACAACCACCCAGCAAAAUCCUCCACUUUUUCAACACCCCACCGCAAGUAACAGAAGAAGAAUUGAUCCAAGUAUUCAAGGACUACGACGUGGUGCCGCCGAAAGCUGUGAAAUUGUUUCCCAUGAAGUCGGAACGAUCCAGUUCCGGCUUGUUGGAAUUCGAAAAUACCACGGAGGCCGUUGCGGCCGUGAUGGCCUGCAAUCAUGCUGCCAUCGAAAGUCCAGGAAUGAAGUUCCCCUUCAUAAUGAAACUGUGUUUCUCAUCAUCGCGCAGCAUGACCAUAAAAAAUGGAGAGAACAAUUCCGGCGAGGGAGGAGAAAAACCGGAUCAGUAAUCGCCCUCCCAUCACAUAUCUUUUCCAUAAAAUGUUGUAAAUUCGAAACAGUGUUAUUCUUGUUAAUUUUAGUACUUACAAACAAUUCGUAUUGGUUUAUUGUUACUUUCUACGGGAAUCUAGAUUUCAUAAUUAUGAUUUGUUGAACUCUUAUUACUGUUAUUUUUCGUCUGUUUAUCGAUGAGAAGAAAAAUUCAUUCAACUCGCGAGUUAACUUAGCUGUCUAAGUUUUUGAGUAGGUACAUAUCUUGAUGAAAAACAAUUUCAUUCGAAAAUGAUUUGUGUGAAACGCAUUAUUUAGCGCAAUUCAAUAUUUUACUUGCAACGAUUAGUGUUACGAUUUUUACAAAUUAGAUUAACUGAGUAAUAUUCAAAUACCUAAUUGUAGUAGGUAGGUAGGUACUUAAUAUGUUUUUUGUUGAUAGCAUGUCUCGAUGAUCAUACACCACAUAGGUUAGGUAACUUUCGAUUGUUAUUCUAUCUGUUGAGUUGUUGAUAUUUUUUAAAUACUUAUGGUGUGUUUCAAUGAUUUUUGGAUUCUUAGCUUGCGGUCAAAAUCUGGCAUAAAACAUACAACAAUUGAUUUAAUUGAAUUCCUGAAAAAAAUAUGAGGUAUCCAAAAAUUUCGAGGUUUCAAUUAGUACAUUAUUGUUUAUAGUAUAAAACUGAAGUCAAUACAUAUUUUUAAUACAUGACGUGCAACGUAUACUUAAGGAUCAAGAUAUCGGAAGAAAUUAAACAUAUUUCAGGUACAUAUCAGUGCAAUGAAUUACUUUAACAUCAUAUCAAAAUUAUUGAGAUUAAACUAUUUUACUCAAAAAAAAAAUAUAUAUUGGUGAAAUUGUUAUCAAACAUUUUCAUUGGGUUCGUAAAAUUCAUAUCAGGGCUUUCGCGUUCUUUGAUUUACAGCUUAACCUGAAAAUGUUCGUCCUGUAGAAUAAUAAUGAAAAAGAACUCGUACUACUUUAGGUUGAAUGUCUUCCUAUCUGUAGGCCUCAGAAUAGAUAUAACCCGAUGUUUUUACGCUGGGGAACAUUAUUAAUAUCGAUGUCAUUUAUCAUAGUGUUUGUGAAUGGCGAAAAUUGAUUGCAAUAAAUGUUUGCAAGAAAAAAAAAACUUUGGCUUCGGCGAUACGUCGACGUUGAAGUUGAAUCAUAAAAGACAAAUAGUUCAUAUCACAUAUAGUAUUACCUAAUUGUAGAGUUUGGUUAAUUUCUGAGUCUCGCCUCGUAGUUAUUCUGAAUUUCAUUUCAGCGUUUUUUUCACAAACAAUACCAAUAAUUUUCAUUUGCAAAUUGUAUUUCCGGAAUUAAUGGCAUAAAAUUGAUGCAACGAUUGGAAUAAUUGAGGCCGACUUCUAUGGAGUGAAUUAAACGGCAUUAAUUAUUUGUCGAUUGUUGUUGACGAAGUAUGAUUAUUGAAGUCGAAUUAAUCACCUGAAAUUAAUUUGGUAAUAAAUACUCGUGAUUUAUCGGCAUAACAUAAUAGAUAAUGGCAAACUUUUCAGUUAUUAUUCAAUUCAGGAAAUACUCAAAGUAUUGAACGGGACAUACGAGUGAAACUCAUUUGAUUUUUACUUUCAAUACUUCAUGAUCAUUUAAUUACAUUAUUUUCCAAAUUCAAAAUAGCUACGAAGUUCAGUGAGUAGUUAUUGUUUUAGAAAACUAGACGUUAAUUGAAUUAGUAGGUAUCAAAAUUUGUUUGAAUCUGCUACUUCUUAUCCUCCAUUUUGUCAUUCAAUAAGUUGGAAUGUAAAAAUGAAAGAUUCGAAUUUCAUAUUAGAUACGAUCACAAAAUAUCCUAUGCUAAUUCAUCUUGUAGUGUUCAUGCAAAAUCUGCAUUAUUCUACAAUAUAUGUCGUAACAAAAAAAAAAUUAGUUGAGUCAAUUAUCUGUGCCUCUAGCCGUGGUAGUCUUUCUCUGUCUAUCACAACCCAAAAAAAAAACUGUCAAACCUAACCUAACCAGCUUGUUUCUCUCUGUGCGCUGUGAUAAUUUCUAAUCGAAAUAUAACCAGGAGACUGUCGGGUCGGAUCAAUUCUAUCAUGGAAAAAAUAGCGGGUGACUCAGGUGACACGUAACAGCCUGUAGAUUUUUUAUUUGAAGAGAUAAAAAAUUGAAAUUUACAAGGGUUAUAUUAUCAAUGACGGCGCUUCCCUUGAACCCAAGGACAAUUUUCUUGAACCAACUGUUUAGUAGAGCCAACUUUUUUUUUUUUCGAAUGGCACCUGUAUAUUUCUGUGGCCUAUCUUACUCCCCUUGAAAUUCUCUAUUCCACUAUGUAUCACUAUUCGAUAUUAGUUCGUUAAUUAUUGGCUGUUACAUUGCAUUUUAUUGAAAUACAUGAAGUUGGCUGUGGCCCGAAUACAAUGACAUUUCGAUGCUCGAUAGGUUUAGAAAUCCAAAGAUCAUUGCUUAGACGAUAUUAUCAGGAUAUUUUCCAUACCCUAAUCGGUCCCAAAAGAUUGCCAAUAAUUUCAUUGAUUUUAAAAAUAUCAUCCAAAAAUAACUCAUGAUAUUGAGAAAAGUAAGAUAGAAACUCAGUUUUUUUCAUUUGGCUACUUGUGAAGAAACUAUUUGUGUUUCAUUUUUGCCAUAUAAUCAUAAUAUGAUCAUCCAUUCGGAUACAUGAAACUGAAAUUGUUGUAAUAAUUGAUGUAUCGUCCUAAUACAUCUGUUCAUAAGUCUACAUUAUUGUAUUUUCAGUAUCAUUUCACUCAUCAAAUUGUGAUACAUAGUUGAAUAGAGAAUUUUAUGGCGAAUAAGAAAGGCUACAGAAAUAUACAGGGUACCAUUUGAAAAAAAGAAGUUGGGUUUACUUCCGAUCAAACAGGUGGUUGAAGAAAAUUGUCAUUGGGUCUAAGGGAAGUGCGAUCGCCGAUGAUAUAAUCAUUGUGAAUCUCAAUUUUUUAUCUUCCCAAAUAAAAAAACUACAGACUGUUACAUGUCUCCUGUGUCAUCCGGUAUAUGCAAAGUGCGUGAAUCGGAGAUACUAAAGUGGUGAUUAUACGAACAGGAAUCGUGAUUUUUCAACUUUUUUUAUAGGUCUAUUUAUCUCCAUUGAGAAUGUUGAUAGUUUAUACAGGGUGAGUGGGACAUAUGCUGAAAGCGGAUUGUUUGGACCAAAAUAUGGCGGUAGGAUGGAAUGUGCCUUGAUGAAAUAUUGCAGUGGAAAAAGAU